AUGAAGUCUCUGGUGUCGGUGUGCUGCUUGCUGUCUCUGCUGGCCCUUUCUGCUGCAGAUGUCCUGAAGGAGGCCUCCAUCACUGAGGAGGAGCCUCUAGUGCAUCUGCAGCUCCAGCAGCCGGAGGGAGACAUUUUCUCCUGUGGAUGUGACACAACAGAAGAACAUGCCAGUUCCUCCAAUGAUACCCCAGCCCCAGAAAGGGCCAUGUGUCAGCCCUGCAAACCCCCAUCAGACCUAGACACUACUGCUGCUGCUGCUGCUGCUGCAGCUGCUGCUGCUGCUGCUGAGGAGAACGAGCCAUCUUCCCAUGAACAUGAAGAGGAAGGGGAGGAGGAGGAGGGUGAUGAAGCAGCUCUGGCUGGAGAGGAUGCUGCCACCACGGAGGUAACAAGUGAAGAAGAGGAAGAAGAGGCAGAGGAGGAGGAGGCAGCUUCUCUGGAUGAUGUAGCAGAAGAAGAAGAAGAGGAGGAGGAAGAUGAG